UUGUUAAACUAUGCUUCUGUAGAUGAUCUAGAUCUCCAUAGAAUUACACGCUUACUUGGCGUAUUUUGACUCCAAGUAAACAUGCAGCGAUUAAUGCUACCUAGAUCUAGCAAUCAAGCAAAUAAUACGUUAAAUGAUAAGAAACAAAGCAGCCAUAGUAAAGAUUGUGUUUCAUGUGGAAGUCUCCAAACUGACUUGGAAUUUGAAAUAGAUGGAACACGUUUUAAAUUCAAUCAUGAUUUAACUGCUUCUAUCUUACAUUUUUACCAGAGAAAGUUCAACAUGGUGGAGAACAACUCAGAAAAGGUUCAGCUCAUCAAAUUGUCUUCCAGCACUCUUGAUGAGUUUAUAUUAAGGAGAAAGGAUUGUUGUAUUAACUACUCAUGGUAUACUGAAAACGUUUUAGAACUCUGGGAUGCAACCAGAGUCCUAAAGGUUCCAUCCCUCAUUAAAAAUUGCGAAGUGAAAGUAGGCCAGAAUUUUUCCAAGGACAAUUUUGAGAGAAUCUACACGAAGGCUCAUCACUACAAGUCCGACUUCGUUCUCUACAAAGCUAGAAGAUUUUUGGAUAACUUUUUUAGGUACCAAAUGGAAGAGAAUCAACCAAUGAACGACUGCGAAGCGGGCGUGAUUCGUGUUUUAACUUACGAAGACUUUUUGCAUUUAAUAAGAGAAUGGCCAUUCAGACCGGAUAUUAGUGACGAUGUUUUGAAAUCUAUUUUUGAAUUGGCUGAAAACUACGACAAAGUCGUUUCAUGCACGGAAUACGAGAAGUUCGAAAACAAAAGUUCCAUUCUCUAUACACUGUUAAAAGACUCCAAAUAUCGUUCAGCCAGCCUUGAAUGUCUUCAAGAGCUGUCCAGACAUGGCAUGUGUCAGCGAGAUCAAGAAGCGAAACUUCUUAUAAAUGAAGCCAUAAGCUGCAAGCUAGAUAGAAAUACUCAUGGAUACUGGUUUCCCUCCCAGCUAUAUGGAAACCUUCAAAAUUACAGACAUAUUGGUGCGUUAGCUGAUAAAGAUCGAGUAAGCAUUAUGUAUCUCGAUCAUUCCUUCUAUAACUGGCGUAGACUUUCUAAAUGUCUAUUACAUUCAACAAUUACAAAUUUAACAGUAUUUGAUAACGAGCUGUACGCCAUCAGCAGCACAGGUUUAGAAAGUUUGAUCUUUGUGUUUAGAAAUGAAGAAUGGACAUUUGUUUUGGAUCUUUCAAAUAAAAAUUUUGUCGUUGUCUCUAAGGGAGAAUUUAUUUAUUUUAUUGAUAGCACAAGCAGCAGCGUGAGAUGCGUGUCUCCGAGAGAGACUCCAGUUCUUCACAGCGAGAUCAAGUUCCCUGACAUGAUGAGAAAUCCAGAGAGUGCUUUAGACUUUGACAGAAGUAUCUUGAUUUUCUGUUCCACUGACUCUGAUGAGAGGUCGACAGUGUUUUGUUUAGACGUACCUGAACAUAAAUGGACUUACUGUGGACAUCUUGAAGGUUCAGCUAAAUAUUUGGUUGGAUUUAGAAAUGAAACAAACUACUUUAUACUACAAAGAGAUGGAUCGAUCAGCCAAGUGUUAAGGAAACUAGAUGAUUGGAUUGAAUUUAUAUUCAUUAAACGUCUGUGGUCUUUUCAAAGCGCUCUUCGAGGAGCAUUCAUCUACAGUGAUAAACUAUUUGUUUUCAGCAACACACCCAUGGAGAGUUUAUGUCUUCCUGGAGUGUCAGGCGUGUUCUCCAAGAUCCAGUACUGGUACCAAGAAGAAGAGGCGUGUAGCUUUGUACACUGUAUUAUGCCAUACCAGUAUAUACAAAGGUCAGAACGUUUAAUUGAACCUGAACCCGAAUCUGACAACCAAGUAAUUAGGUUCGCGUUCAUAUAAUUUCCGGUUGUGUGUGACUGUAGUCAUUGACCGUAAACUUUGAAACAGUGGGGCCUAUAACAAAUUUAAUAAACUUAGUGUUACGGUACUAGACCAGCAUAGUCAGAACUUCAAAUUUAGCUUUAAAACAUUUAAAAAUAUAUAUCAAUAUAUUUAUACAUGUCUCUACAUUUAAGGUAGGUUGGGCUACAUGAUUUAAACCAUGUUAUUUCUUAGCUGUAGUGCAAGUUAAAUUUAAGUCACAGAUAAGCUACAGAUAAGUCAAAGACAAGUCACAAAUAAGUCGCAGAUAAGUUUCAUUCACAGACAAGUCACAUAUAAGUCAUAGAUAAGUUGGUGUACUUUCUUUAUCUUGUUGAUACUGUACUCUCAUGCUAUAUUAUUUACACACACCGCAACUUACGUAAAAUUACCAGACACGUGACCUCCCAAAGCAAGACAGAAAUGAAGAAAAAAUGGCAGCAAAAUUAAAUGAACUGGUAAACUAAGCUAAAAAUGUUUUAAAAUAAUGAAUGAUACCGUAUUGUCGGUCAAUCAAAGGUAUUUGGUAUUGUGGGGUUUUUUUUUUGCACAUCGGCACCAUUUAGGCCAGGUCGUGCCCAUAAUCCCUCAGGGUUUACCUUCCCUUUAUAGCUCAAGUGCUGCUAUACAACUAUGUUAUUAAAAAUAUGGUCCAUGCAAAUGUCAGAUAGUAAAAAUUUAAAUAAUGUAGUAAAAAUCUGUUGUAAUUUUAGCAGUCGCUAACAUUAGCGUAGAAAAUG